AUGUUUCCGCUUACACCUAUUCAGCGGUUGCUGCUGGAAGCAGGGGAGGAGCAGGGGACGUACCCGGGGGCAUCAGCUGACCAGCAGCAGCGACAGCAGCAGCUACUGCAGCAGCUGCAGCAGCAGCUACUGCAGCAGCACACACAACAGCCACAGCAACAGCAGCAGCAGCAACAGCAGCAGCAGCAGCAACAGCAGCAGCAGCAGCAGCAGCAGCAGCAGUUUUCCAUAGACUACCCCUUCUGCCCGCUGCUGCCUGACCCCCUAGACCCCUCAACAUAUCACAGCAGCAGCAAAAGGAGCAGCAGGCGCUGCGGCAGCUGCCGCAGCAGCAGCAGCAGCAGCAGCAGCAGCAGCAGCAACAAUGUAUCUGCCCCUCAGAGUCUGCUGCUGGAAGCUCAGUUUUCCAUAGACUACCCCUUCUGCCCGCUGCUGCCAGACCCCCUAGACCCCUCAACAUAUCACAGCAGCAGCAAAAGGAGCAGCAGGCGCUGCGGCAGCUGUCGCAGCAGCAGCAGCAGCAGCAGCAGCAGCAACAAUGUAUCUGCCCCUCAGAGUCUGCUGCUGGAAGCUCGCGGGAUCUGCGCUCAGCAGCAGCAGCAGCAGCAGCAGGACCUUCUAGUACAAGCGUUGUUGCUGCUGCAGCAGGCUGACCAGCAGCAGCAGCAGCAGCAGCAGCAGCAGCAGCAGCAGCAGCAGCAGCAGCAGCAGGAUUCUGAGGCGCAGCAGCUAGUGCAGCAGCUGCUGCAGCAUGAGCUGCAGCAGCAGCAAGACGUGCAGCUGCUGCAGCAGAUCGAAGCAGCAGCAACAGCUGAAGACACAGCAGGAGAGUGGAUAGAUGAGUUGCUGUCAGUUUGCUGCUGCUGCGAAGCAGCAGCAGCAGACAUGCUGCUGCUGCUAGGGGCCCCAGACCCCGCACAGCAGCAGCAGCAGCAGCAGCAGCAGCAGUUGCUGCAGCAGCAGCACCCCAUUCGCUCGCCUUCGAUGCAGCGUUUGCUGCGGCAGGUGCAGCAGCAGCAGCAGCAGCAGCAAGAGCUGGAGGACCCGUCACAAGGCAGCAGCAACGCUGCAGCAGCAGCAGCAACUGCUGCUGCUUCACCCACCACAGCAGCAGCAGCAGCAGCUGCUGCUGCUGCUGCAGAUUCAUCUGAGCCGCUGCAGCAACUGCGCUCGCUUGUUUGUCGUCACAGCUUAUCCAACAGCAGCAGCAGCAGCAGCAGCAGCAGGAGCAGCAGCAGCAGCAGCAGCAGAAGGCAGAGUAACAGCAGCAGCAGCAGCAGAAGGCAGAGUAGCAGCAGCAGCAGCAACAGAGGCGGCAGCAGCAGCAGCAACCGCAGGCGCAGAAGGCGCAACCCUAGCGGCCGCAGCAGCCGCACCUACAACAGCAGCAGCAGCAGCAGCAGCAAGUGGUUUUUUGCUGCUUUAUGGCUGCAGCACGCCCUAGGUAGACACAACGAUCUGCUGCAGCUGCUGCAGCGGCACGCGGAGCAGCAGACAGCAGCAAACCCGCAGCUGGUGCUGCUGAAGGCGCAUGCACUGGUAAGCAGCAGCAGCAGCAGCAGCAGCAGCAGCAGCACAGCAGCAGAAGGGAGAGUAGCCGCAGCAGCAGAAGGCAGAGUAGCAGCAGCAGCAGCAGCAGAAGGGGGAGUAGCAGCAGCAGCAGCAACAGAGGCGGCAGCAGCAGCAGCAACCGCAGACGCAGAAGGCGCAACCCUAGCGGCCGCAGCAGCAGCAGCUACAACAGCAGCAGCAGCAGCAGCAGCAGCAGCAGCAAGUGGUUUUUUGCUGCUUUAUGGCUGCAGCACGCCCUAG